AUGAAAUCCUUCAUCGUAUUCGCUCUCUUCGUGGCUGCGGCCGUCGCUGCUCCAGCAUCUCCUGAUGCGGAUGCCCAGAUCUUGAGAUACGACGCUGACAACAUCGGUGUUGGAGACUACAACAACGCUGUGGAGACAUCCAACGGAAUCAAGAGAGUAGAACAGGGUGUGCUCAAGAACAUCGGAACCGAAAACGAAGCUUUGGAAGUUCGCGGAGAGUUCUCUUACCCCGGUCCCGAUGGCGUCCUCUACACCGUCACCUACAUCGCCAACGAGCUUGGUUUCCAGGCCUCCGGAGCUCACCUUCCCCAAGCCCCCCAAUAA